AUGCGCCAUCUAUUUCUGCUGCCGAUCGCCCUAUUAAGUCCGCUUUGUUUCUGUUCACCUUCCGUCUCAGGUCUUGAUUGGCCAGGUAAUAGAGCCCUGCCAUUGUUUCCAGAGAUUGCGAAGGAGAUAGACUAUGCCAAGCUCACUGCACUUUCUGGUGAUGAGCAGAUUCUCUUGGUCUCGCUCCAAGGACUGGUCAACAGACGGCAACCACGACUGUACCUUUAUUGGUCGCAGGAUUCUGCCUUUCCGGAUGACGAGGUCAACGAGGCCUGGCUGCGGCACCUCCAGACUGAAGGAUAUCGUAGCGCCGAUACGACGAGCAGUCCUCUACAACUGAUUGAUAAGUACAAGUCUGAGAUUCGGGGUGCCAUUAUCUACGACACGAAAUUGCCAGACACGAUUAAUCUGGCUUCAACACUUGCCGGUCUUCAUGGCGCUGUCCUGGCGACUGAAGAACUGGCCCGACGCUUCAACAUCUCCAUCACGGAAGACUUGCGAGGCCGGUUCAAGAACAAAUUCGAGCUUUACGAUCAUGCAGCCCGGGAGGUGUGGCCCAAGGUUACUGACCGCAUCAUCACGGCUAUCAAGCCACUUUCGACCAUAUUGUAUGCCAAUAGGACGUGGACCACACUUUUAAAGGCGAACUCGUCCGUCACAGACUCUUCGAACAACGGCACAUACACUGCAGAUUUGUCGUCAUUUAUUAAUGGCAACGGGACGGUCUAUGUCAAUAUUACAGACGCUUUCCCUGCAGACGGCUAUGGUCCUUCUGUCUACCGCGUCAAGGUGACUGGCGACGGAAACAAAACCAUAGCAGACUUCACUCCCGGUGAAGGAGAAGAAGACUCCUUCCUGUUCGAUGACGGCGGCUCGCACCUGGCAGACUACCCAGGAGGCUGGCGCUUCGCAGACGGCGCAUCCGCAAUGAUUUACAAAUUUGACGUUCCACCUCAGACAACUCAACUAACCCUCACUCUGUCCAUGUGGAAUCAGUUUCUCGUUUCGGCAACGUCGGCGCGACCGGGCUACUACAAGGUCAACUCCAUCUUCCGCGACUACAUCGUCAGCACGGCGGCUCCCUGCAUAUGGUUGGACAGUAAUAGACCGCGUGAAGCCGCGCUGCUCGACAAACUCCUUCGCCAAUUCCAGCCCAAUGCGGCCUACCUCGGCUGGUUUCCAAACGGCGAUGAGAUGACCGGUGUCACGCAACUCGCAAGGAACGGCUUAUACGUCGCCGCCACGGACUUCUACUUCAACCCCACCAUCUUCAGUGGAUUCAACACCAAAAGCCAAUCUCAGCAGUCUUCGAUGGGGGGACCACCAUGGCAACCUCCUCCGCCCCCUCCGAAAAAGACCCCUAAAGUCUUUCUGUCUCUCGUCUACCUCGAAGGCGACAACAUACAGUACGACCAGCGGAGCAUGUUUCAGCACUGGAACGACUCCGCGAGGGGAUCAGUCCCGCUUGGCUGGACUAUUAGCCCAUUGCUUCGUGAUAUCGGCCCGGGCAUCUUGUCGUAUUAUCAAAGGACAUCCACGGAGAAUGACCUGCUGAUUGCCGGGCCAGACGGCGCAGGAUAUACGUAUCCGGGUGUCUGGCCAAGACGAGCUCUCUCCACAUUCUUGACUCAGAGCGGCGAGUAUAUGCGAGCGACACAGACAGACGAGGUCUUGUUCGUGUACGACCGCAUCAACGCCACUGAUAACCCGCUCACACCUGGGCUAACUCUCGACUUUCGCAAUGCCGUGGGCAGGAACAAUUUGCGAGGCAUCUACUACGGGUCAUUUGUUUCGACGGUAGAUGCGCUGCAGGUGAAUGUUACAGAAGGCUUCCCGGUGACAAACAUGGUGAAUAUUGGGAACGAGGAGAGCGGUGCGGCGACGCUGCGGAAUAUUUCGGAGAAUUGGAGGGGUCGUGGGCCUCUUUUUGUGGCCGGCGCUGUGAGCGCUUUUGAUAUGACACCGACCAGUGUUGCUAGUAUGGUUAAGAAGUUGGGGGAUGACUUUGAAGUUGUGAGGCCUGAUAUGUGGUUUCAGCUGUUGAGGAGGCGGGAGAGCUGGCCCGGUCUUGGGUAG